AUGGCUACUGAUACUUCAAGAUACAAGCUCAACCAUACUAUGCUACGGGUGAAAGACCCAGUAGAAAGUGUCAAAUUCUACGAACUUCUGGGCAUGAAAGUCAUCAAUAAGAUUCCAAAUCCACAAUGGAGCUUUGAUCUCUACUUCCUCGCCUACGACUCACCAAAAGCCGAAAGUGCUGGUAAUCACUGGACCGAUCGAGAAGGCAUCGUAGAGCUUACUCAUAACUAUGGGACGGAGUCAAAUCCUGAGUAUACAAUUAAUAACGGAAAUGACGAGCCUCACAGAGAUAUCUGCAUCUCGGUUGACAAUCUCCAGAAUGCGUGUGAUCGUCUUGAAGAAGCUGGUGUUGCCUUCAAGAAAAAGCUCUCGGAAGGUAGAAUGCGACAUAUUGCAUUCGCAAAGGACCCGAACGGAUACUGGGUUGAAAUCAUCGGCCUUAAAGACCAAGUCAUCACUCCAACCGAUGUUGGAACCUACCGCAUGAAUCAUUCCAUGAUCAGGGUCAAAAGUGGUACCGAAUCAAUCAAAUUCUACACCGAAGUCAUGGGAAUGACUCUACUCCGCACCCAUAAAAGCCCAGAAGCCAAAUUUGACCUCUACUUUUUGGGAUAUAAGCGUGAGGGCGAGGUUGAGAACGAGAGUUUAACUUCAGACCGAGAAGGAUUAUUGGAGUUGACAUAUAACUACGGCACGGAUGAUCCGGAUAGCACUUUUGCAGGAUAUCAUGACGGAAACUCGGAGCCACAAGGGUUCGGACAUAUCUGCGUUACGGUCGACGAUCUUGACGCUGCGUGUGAGAGAUUUGAGGGGUUGAAUGUCAAUUGGAAGAAGAGGUUGACUGAUGGCAAGAUGAAGGAUGUUGCUUUCAUUAAGGAUCCUGAUGGAUAUUGGAUUGAAGUUGUUCAGAACGAAGGUAUCAAAAAGCGAGCAGACUGGUAA